CAUCAUGCAAAAUUGUUGAGUGCACAUCACACUAGCUGCACUUUUUCCCCUGAAGGAAGGAAGACUCCUUGAUGGGCCUGGAGGUAGUCUGCAUGCUGUUUCUUUAACUCUUCUGUCAAUGGGACUGCAUCUGGGGCCAGAGUAUUUUCCAGGACUCCCAGCAGCUCUGAUACCAUUUCAGUGGCACGUCUCAGCCUGAAACACUUCACUGCCAGCGCUCCCUGUGCAAGUCUGGGCUGGAUUCAGAGUGCCUGACCCCACCGUCCAGGAGAAAUGGCCACAGAGAAGUCAGUGACUCCUACUGAGGAGCAGCUGGAGAUCCUGGAGUACAAUUUUUGCAAGGUGAACAAGCAUCCUGAUCCCACCACGCUGUGCCUCAUUGCAGCUGAGACCGGGCUUUCCGAAGAGCAGACCCUGAAAUGGUUCAAGCAGCGCCUGGCAGAGUGGAGAAAGUCUGAAGGGCUGCCCUCAGAAUGUGGGUCUGUCAGGGACUAGAGGAUGCUGCUCCUGGCCCCAUCCCUGCUGUAAACAAUGGUGAAGAUCUCUAGAGUGGGUUUACUUGGUUCUCCUGUCACAAAAGGUUCUGAGAUACAAAGUAAUACGCUGAUAUUUAACACAAUUUUUAUUUAUAGAAGAUUAUAUAUAUAUAUAAUAUGUAUGUAUAUGUGUAUACAGCUUCUGAUGGCUGCAUUACCUGUCUAGCAAUUCCCAUUAACAGCAACUGCCCAGGUCAGAAAAUCUCAUGCCCUUGUCCCAGGCCCAUGGAAAAGCUGCCAUGAAAGGUUCAAGCACAGGACAGAGGAAUAGAGAUUUCUUUUCCUUAUGAUCCCAAGAGGCAAAGUAUGCAUGCUAGCUUUAGUAUACAGAGCAUCCAGAGAGGAGAGCAAUUGGAAAACCCGAUGUCUUGUUCAUGUGGUCUUGGUUAGUUUAAGGUGCACAAGCCAGCUCUGGAUAUUGACAAGCCAAGUGCCUGCAUCAUGAACAGACUGAGCCAAGAUCCCUUGAAUGUAUGUCUCACAUUUCUGUUAAAAGUCACCAAAGGGAGAGAACUGGUCUUUUCUUUGUCCGAAGUGUAAAUAAAAAACAAACAUUUUUGGUGA